AGGAAACUGGUGGCAACUGGUGCGCAGGGGAGAGGCAAGUUGAGUCUGCUAUUGAAUUGAUUAGACUGCAAGACGGUUCAGUUUUUAGUUUGGAAUUGACGCCGGGGUUAAAAUUAUUUUUCAUUUAUUUAAUGUUAUGAAAUUUUAUAUCUCUGAAGAAACUAAUCACAAGACGCCAAUCAAACAACAUCACUCCAGGGAAACAGCAAGUGGUCAAAGCUAAAGAGAAUUCUAUUCGAGAUAUAAAUUGUUCUGCAAGAUUUCGUUUGUUCUGUGACGUACGUCACAGUUUUAGGCACUUUCUGCUUCUGGGGCGUAAAUGGUAUUGCAUGAAGGGCUUGUAUGCUGAUGUGUAAUAUUAAGAAGCCAUUUAAAGUCUCCUUCUCUCUACACUAAAGAUUGAUGAGAAUUCACUGUUACCAUGUUUUGCAGCAUUUAAAAUGGCAGAGUCUAGCUCGUCAAAUAUCGCAAGUUUCUAUGCUGACAGAAGCAUCCUUAUCACAGGAGCAACUGGAUUUAUGGGCAAGGUUUUGGUAGAGAAACUGCUCAGAUCAUGUCAUUCUGUCAAAACAAUUUAUGUUCUCCUUAGACCAAAAAAAGGUCAAGAACCUAAGCAGAGGUUAGAAGAACUUCUGCAAGCAAAGGUGUUUGAACGUCUUAAGAAAGAACAGCCCAAUAGUGUCUCAAAAUUGAUUGCGAUUCAUGGAGAUUUGACACUGCCAGGAUUGGGAAUUAGCUCAUCUGAUCAGCUGCUUCUCACCACAGAUGUAUCCAUUGUAUUUCACUCGGCUGCCACAGUCAAAUUUGAUGAAAAACUGAAGCGUUCUGUUGAUAUGAAUGUUUUGGGAACAAGGCGACUUGUUGAAUUGUGCCAUAAAAUGGAACACUUAGAAGCAUUGGUCCAUGUGUCAACAGCAUAUUGCAAUUGUGACAGAGAACAAGUGGAUGAAGUUGUUUAUGAACCUCCAGUUCAACCUCAAAAAAUUAUUGACACAAUUGAGUGGAUGGAUGAGGAGCUUGUGAAUGUUUUGACUCCUCAUUUGUUGAGGGGGAGGCCAAAUACUUACACUUAUACAAAAGCAUUAGCAGAAACGCUGCUUGUAGAGGAGAGUGGAGCUCUUCCCGUUGCUAUCGUAAGACCUUCGAUUGUGACUGCAGCUUGGAAAGAACCUUUUCCGGGUUGGGUAGACAAUUUUAAUGGACCAACUGGCCUUAUUGUUGCUACAAGUAAAGGAAUUUUAAGAUCCAUGCAUUGUAAAUCAUCCAGCAUAGCUGAUUUAAUACCUGUUGAUGUUGUUAUUAAUCUAGUCAUUACAGUAGCAUGGUAUACUGCUAGUCAUAGACCUAAUAGCAUUUUAGUGUAUAAUUGUUCAUCUGGUAGCACCAACAAAUUGACUUGGGGCACUGUUGAACGUUUAGCCAUUCCAUUAAUUCUAAGACAUCCGAGUCAUGAGGUCUACUUUUAUCCUAAUGGCAGCUUCACUAAUAGCAAGCUCUGGAAUUAUCUCUCUGUCUUACUUUACCACCACAUCCCUGCUUAUCUCAUAGAUUUUGUCGCUGUUCUUACUGGACACAAGCCUAAGCUUAUACCCAUCUAUAAAAAACUUCAUCGAGCAAUACAAUGUCUGGAAUAUUUUACAACUCACGAAUGGACUUUUAACAGCAGCAAUGUGUCGAAUUUGUUAGAAAAACUUUCUCCGCAAGAUAAAAAGGAAUUCAAUUUUGAUAUUGAAAGUCUCCAUUGGCCAACUUACAUAGAAGAAUAUAUUUUAGGUAUUCGGCAAUUUCUUUUAAAAGAAGAUCUCUCUUCACUGCCAUCUGCUAGAAAAAGUUUAAAAAGGAUAUAUUUAUAUACUAAGAUGGGCCAUGCUCUUUUAUUGUUUUUCCUGUGGAAAACAGUGUUCAUGCGAUACAAUGGUGCUCGCAAGCUCUGGUUCAUAUUUCUCUCUAUGAUGGUCAAAGUCUAUAAUAUACUGCCUAAAGCUUUCCUCACCUCAUGAAAUUUAUAGGAAAUUAAAAAUGGUGCACUUCUUUUCACAGUCUUAGUUUCUCUGAAAUUCAUAUGCAUAACUUGUGGAUUGUUAAAUAGAAUUCGAUCCCCCUCCCUCCCUAUCAAAAGAAAACUAGGAACUCUGCUCUAUAGAUGUGCUUGCAAAAACUAACUUGAUUGAAGAUUUUAUUCUAUGAAACUAUAAAUUGGUUUCAUCAUUAAGUAAUUUUACCUAAAAAAGAAAUGUUUUCUUUUCCUUAUCACUCUGUUUACCUUUGUUUAUGAUUAUGUUUUGUAUAUGAAAAGAAAAGAAAAUUCUUCAUGUGUGUGUGUAUUAUAUUUUAACGACUUUUUUUUUUUAGUUAUUCUAAGAAAAAAAAGUACUUGAGAAAUUACAUGUGUUGAUUAAUGUAUUUUUUUUCCUCAUUCUAAUUUAUAAAAAUUAUCUGCAUUCUCUUACAUUAGACAAUGUACUAACAUUAGCUUAUUUCUAAGCAAGAAUCCAUCAGUUAAAAUGCUUUUAAUUUUAAUUAUUUAUAAGUGUUACAUAUUAUAGUUUAUUUUCCUUCCUGGUUUUCAUUUUAAAAAAAUCACUGGAAUUGCUCCCUAAAAAUUGCAAUGGUGUUUUAUAUCAUUAAAAGAAAUUCCUUUUUUAGUCUAAAUUUUUUAGUAGUGAACACCCUCCAUUAGGAAAUAGACUAUAUAAAAAAAAAGUUCCAUGUCUCAAUUAUUUUGAAUUUUUUUUUGUGUAAAAAUAGUUUUAAUUUAAAUUUCGACUUUGCUAAGAAACUUAUAUCAAAAAUUAGGAUUUCAAUGCCAGGUUUUCUAAUGGAAAAAUAAUGUGUUUCAAAAUCUGAACAAAGUUUCAUAGUUACUUAGAAACAUUCACACAGCAAAACAUUCUGCUUACAAAUAUAACAGCUGAACGUAAUUCUUAAACAAAAUAAUGAAAUUACAGACAAUUUCAAAACCAUUAAAAUAAAUCCUACUGCAAAAAGACUCCAUUUGAAAUAGAUAAUCUAUUGAUAUUUAAUUUUAAAUGCAUCUAAAGUUAGAUCUAUUUGGAGUUAAAUCCUUUUUAUAUUCUAUUGAGUUAAAAUACUGCAUGUGAUAGAAAUAA